CGAAAAAGAUGUCUCAGGAUCUCUUUAACGUACCAAUUUUCUUUAUUCUGUUCCGUGAAACGACAGAAGCAGCCAUUAUUGUGUCUGUCUUGUUGUCUUUCUUGCGAAAGAUGUUCAACAUAGAAUCCCCUGUAUACAAGCGUCUUCGUAAUCAGAUCUGGUUUGGAUCAGCUGCAGGUCUAUUUAUUUGUAUAUGUAUCGGUGCUGCUUUUAUCGCUGUUUACUAUACUGUCCUCAACGAUCUUUGGGGAAACUCUGAAGAUAUCUGGGAAGGUGUCUUCUCUCUUGUAGCCACUAUCAUGAUUACUGUCAUGGGUCUCGCUAUGCUCAAGACUGAACGUAUGCAAGAAAAAUGGAAAGUAAAAUUAGCCAAGGCUAUUCAAAAAGACUCGCAAGAACGUUCUUCUUUCAAGGAAAAGCUUCAGAGAUAUGCCUUCUUUGUUUUGCCAUUUGUUACCGUUCUUAGAGAAGGUCUUGAAGCUGUUGUCUUUAUUGGUGGUGUCUCUUUGGGUAUUUCUGGCAAGUCCAUUCCUAUUGCCGCCAUCAUGGGUAUUGUUUGCGGUUGUUUGGUUGGUUUCCUUAUUUAUCGUGGUGGUAAAUUGAUUCAACUUCGUUGGUUCUUUGUCUUCUCUACUGUUAUUCUUUAUCUUGUUGCUGCUGGUUUGAUGUCUAAGGGUGUUGGUUAUCUUGAGCAAAAUGCUUGGAACCAAGUUGUUGGUGGUGAACCUGCUGGUGUUAUUACUUACAGAGUCAGUACUUCUGUCUGGCAUGUUUCUUGGGGAGACCCAGAACUCAAUGUUGAUACUAACGGUGGUUGGCAAAUUUUCAACGCCAUUCUUGGUUGGAACAACACUGCUACAUAUGGUACCAUUAUCAGUUACUGUCUCUAUUGGUUGUUUGUUAUCUGCUAUCUUGCUUUCAGUUUCUAUAAGGAAAAACGUCAAGCUAUUCGCAAGGCUGAAGCUGGUGAAUGGGAUGAUGGUGACCAAGCUUUGGAAGAAGCUAGACAAUACAUCGACGAAACCGGUGAAAUACGUCACGCUGCUAAAUUGAACGAAGAAAGCAAGGCAGAACUUCCUGAAAGAAUUGAUAGUCCUGCUAUCAAGGUCUAA